AUGGUCUUUGCAGCAAACUCUGACGUAGCAAGGCACGAAUCACAAGGCUGGUUAAACCAUGGUGGAGAUUUGUUCAACCGAAGAUAUGCUUCCAAGGAGCGUAAGAUCAGUCCGAAAACUGCACCAGACCUACGUAUGAAGUGGAAAUUCUAUGCUGGCAGAGACAUCACUGCAACACCAGCCAUAUAUGAUCGUACCCUUUAUUUUCCAAGCUGGAAUGGUAACAUCUAUGCAGUUAAAGAAGCUGAUGGAUCGCUUGUUUGGAAGCAGAACUUGGACAAAUUGACAGGUCUGAAAGCACCUGUAGGCCUUAUUAAAAACGUAAAUUGGACAGUGUCACGGUCAACUCCUACAGUGGUCGGUAAUUUACUGAUUAUGGGAAUAUAUGCCCCUGCUGCUGUUAUUGCUGUCAAAAGAGCAACAGGUAAGCUUGCGUGGAAGACCAUUUUGGAUUACCAUCCUAAAGCACUCAUCACCAUGUCAGGAACAUAUUACAAAAGGUCAUUAUUUGCAGAUCUAUUUGCCUUAUUUUCUUAAUGGAAAAACUCAUGUUAUAAAACUUAUUUAUGCUCAACCCUCCACAGAGGUUACUAUGUUGGAACAUCUUCCCUGGAGUCACUUGUGAAACGUGAUGAGUGCUGCACGUUUCGUGGAAGAUUUGUGAAACUUGAUCCUGAAUCCGGUGACAUCACGUGGA